AUGGAUUUUCAUAGAGUUAAUUAUAGUGAUGGUUAUGUGGUGGAAUUCUUAGAUCCUGGAGAAAAAGCAUGUGAAAGUUGGCUUCUCCUUCCUGCUGAAAAUCUCUGGUCAAUGCCUUUAAGAACGUUUCUCUACAUCAUUGCUUUGAUUUAUUUAUUCAUGGGUAUAGCCAUAGCAUCAGAUGUAUUUAUGUGCAGUAUUGAAGUAAUCACCAGUAAAAAACGUAUUGUUACAUAUUUCGAUCAUGAGAGAGGCGAAAAAGUGGAACGUGAAAUUCUGAUAUGGAAUGAAACCGUGGCUAAUUUAACUUUAAUGGCAUUAGGUAGUAGUGCCCCUGAAAUUCUGCUGGCUACUAUAGAACUUAUUUUAGAUAUAAUAAGUGGCGUGUCUGGAGAUAGUAAAGAUGCUCUGGGUACCUUCACUAUUAUUGGUAGUGCUGCGUUUAAUUUGUUAAUUAUUACUGCUAUCUGUGUUGUCAGUGUUGAUUCUCCUGGUAUCAAAAAGAUCCGUGAAGUUGGUGUGUUUAUCAUGACAUCUAUCUGGUCAAUAUGGGCCUAUAUUUGGAUGUUAUUAGUCGUUAGUUAUAUUUCACCUGGGAUUAUCGAACCAUGGGAAGCUUGGGUAACUCUGGCUUACUUUCCAUUGUUUGUGUUAAUGGCAUAUUGUCAGGAUAAUGGGUGGUUUCGUAAGAAGAAAGUCCAAGAUAUUGACGAUGAAGAAGAACAAGGUGUGAGAGUCAUUGAACUAAAUCAACGCAGAGGAAUAACAGGACAUGUUCCAAAAGAACUUCAAGUUUUAGAAGCUGAGAAAGCACACAGAAUGAGUAUUGCUGAAUUAAAUAUAGAUCGUGAAAGGAAAAGACUAGCAGAAAAAUUAAAUGGUGGUCAUACAGACUCUGUCAAUACUUUAAAUUCCGUAACUGAUACAGAUUCAUUACAGAGGUUAAGAAUGAUUAAGUCUGAUUCUCUUGGAGAUAUGGAACUGGAACCAGUUAGUAAAUCUGGAAUCAAUCCUGAAAUUUCAGAUUCUGACCUAGACAGUACUGGUGGUAGAAGUGAAGUCACCCAUUAUUUUAGUGCCAGUGAAACUUGUGGUGAUAGUGAUACUGAUUCAGUCCUACCAGCACCCAGUUCCAACACACAUAGAGUUGCUGUAAGAAAAUCAACCAAUGAACCACAAGCAUUUGCUAGAGCAAGAUUUCGUCAUGCUGCUGUCAGUGCUCUGAUGGGAGGAAAUGCUACUCAUACUCAUAACGCCAGCCAUACUAAACUACCCCACCUAGUGGAUGUCGUCACUAAAAUGCGAAUUUUAAAUGAAGCAGCAAAAACAGGCAAAGCCCCAGAAGGAGAUCUCACUGGUAAAUUUACCUUUGCCUCUGAUCGUUAUGCUGUAUUAGAGAGUGCUGGGAUGUUAGAAGUUGAUGUUUUAUUCCAUAGGCAAAUUCUUGGCAGAGGCAAGAUGAGUAUGUUGAAUGACACAAGUGGUACCGGUACAUUAAAGAAUGGAGAUAUACAUACUAAUGAGAAUGAUAAAGAUAAUAUGAUUAAAGGAGUUGUGUCUGUAGAUUUUGAGACAAGAGAAGGUUCAGCUAAACCUGGUAAAGAUUAUAAAUAUACCACUGGUACAUUGAUCUUUAAAGAUACAGAAUAUAAAAGAACCUUAUUGAUUCCCAUUAUAAAUGAUAACCAAUAUGAAGCUGAUGUAGAUUUCUAUGUGAUACUGAAGAAUCCAAAAGGUGGAGGGGGAUUAGGUGAUCCUAGUGUAUCAAGAGUUACCAUUGUAGAUGAUGACGAACCAGGAGAGUUUUCAUUUGAAGAGCCCCAUUAUCAAGCUGAUUUGAAAAAUGGUAAAGUAACUGUAAAAAUUCAAAGGCUACAUGGCUAUGAUGGGAAAGUUACAAUUGAGUAUUCAACCAUUGAUGGCACAGCUAAAGGUGGUGAUAAACUAGGUCCUGAUGUUGAUUAUAUAGCAACUAGUGGUACUAUAAACUUUACACAUUCAGAAACAUCCAAAACAUUCUCUAUUGUUGUAAAUAAAGAUUGUCAAGGUGCCAAAAAUUUUAUUAUUGCUUUAAGAAAUCCAAGUCUUGGUGCCAAAAUUGGUGAGCGUAGUGCUACUGUAUGUCAUAUCAAUAAAGAUGAACUGAUAGAAAGGUUGGUAGAGGUCUUAGAAGAUGAAGAUGCCGAGAAAGAAGUGACCUGGGCAUCACAAUUUGCAAAUGCUAUGACAGUAGGUGGAGAUCAAGAUGAUGAAGGAAAUGAUUUACCACCAACAUGGUCUCACUACCUCAUGCAUUUCUUUACAAUGUUCUGGAAAUUACUAUGUGCCUGUAUUCCUCCGACGAACAUGUUAGGAGCUUGGCCAUCAUUUGUUUUAUCAUUAUUUGUUAUUGGUUUAUUAACUGCGUUUGUAGAACAGUUAGGACAUCUAAUUGGUUGUGUGGUAGGUUUAGAGACUAGUGUUGCAGGUAUUACCAUUAUAGCUUUAGGUACUAGUGUACCAGAUACAUUCGCCAGUAGGACCGCAGCUAAACAAGAUACUCAUGCUGAUGCAGCUAUAGGAAAUGUUACAGGUAGUAACAGUGUUAAUGUAUUCCUGGGUCUAGGUCUACCCUGGGUGAUAGGUACUACCUAUUAUCUUAUUAAAGGUGAAGAUAUGGUAGUCAAAUCAACUAAUUUAACUGUUAGUGUUAUUAUAUUUAGUUGCUGUGGAACUGUUUGUAUCUUAUUCCUCUUAUUACGAAGAAAGCUUGUAGGAGGAGAGUUAGGUGGACAAAGCAAAUGCUUUAAAUAUUUUACUGGACUGUUCCUUACUUCCUUAUGGUUUGUGUACAUUGUUUUGGCCAGUUUGGUAUCAUAUGGACAUAUUAAGUUUUAA